AUGGCUUCCAAACCUCACAUUGUCAUCUUCCCCUUCAUGUCUCAAGGCCACACCAUGCCUCUACUUGACCUUUCAAAGGCACUUAGCUACCAGGGCUUGAAGGUAACAAUCAUAACUACCCCUUCAAACUCUUCCUCUAUUAGCUCAUACAUUUCACGCUACUCAAACAUCCAUCUUAAGGAAAUACCGUUCCCUCAAGUCCAAGAACUCCCCAAAGGCUGUGAAAACACGUCCCAACUUCAUUCACUUGACCAGCUCUUUCUAUUUUAUAAUGCCACAAAACAACUUCAAGAACCUUUUGAAGAAAUUCUUAGAGACAUGUCCAAACUUCAAGACCCACCUGCAUGUGUUAUUUCUGAUUCAUUCUUAGGGUGGACUAAUGCUUCGUGUUGCAAUUUUGGUAUCCCCAGGUUGGCUUUUCAUGGGAUGGGGGUCUUUGCAAUGGCUGUGAAGAAAUCUUUAUCCAUUCACCAAAAUCACAGAUGGAUGAAGUCGGAUACAGACAGUGUAGAUGUAAAAGGAGUGCAACUUUGCUUUGAGCUCACAAAGUCGGAUUUGCCAAAUUCAUUGAGGCAAAUGGACACUUUCUUGUCACAGUUCUAUGUAGAAGCUGAAAAAUCUGAUUUGGAAAGUUGGGGUGUGAUUGUUAAUAGCUUUAGCGAGCUAGAAAUAGACCACGUUGCCUCAUUGGAAUCUUUGUACGGGAAUAACACUAGGGCAUGGUGUGUUGGUCCAUUCUUUCUAUAUAAUCAAAUGGAGAAAGCAUCGAUUGGGCCAAACCCUUAUAGGGAAUGGACCAACUGGUUGAAUCAGCAUGAGCAUGAAAAGUCAGUGAUUUAUGUGUCAUUUGGAUCACAGGCUUAUUUGUCUGACAACCAGCUUAAUGAAUUGGCCUAUGGGUUGGUGCUAUCUGGGAAAGAUUACAUAUGUGUUGUGAAUUCAAAUAAUUGGAACCCUCCAAGAGAUAUCAAAAAAGGGAGAGGAUUAUUUGUUAAAGAAUGGGUGGAUCAAAAAUGGGUUCUGGCCCACAAGGCCAUUGGUGGGUUCCUAAGCCACUGUGGGUGGAACUCUGUGUUGGAAAGCUUGUCAAUGGAGGUUCCAAUAUUGGCAUGGCCCAUGCAAAAUGAGCAGCACCUGAAUGCCAAGUUCUUGGUGGAGGAGAUGAAGGUGGGGCUUCAGCUUCCUACUGUGACACGGGAUGGGAAUACUGUGAGGCGUGAAGUGAUCGGUGAAGCGGUGAAAGAGUUGAUGGGAGGAGAGAAUGGGAAGAGAGUAAGAGACAAAGCAAUUAAGAUGGGAAAAAUGGCAAAAAGAGCAGUGCAGGUUGGAGGGUCUUCUUACAAGUGCUUGAAUGAGCUAAUUGACCAACUAAGUCAUGUGAGUCCUGUUGGGAAUGGCAAUGGCAUCGUUCAUUCAACGCUAGCUACUUCUGAAUAA